AUGGUAUUUCGUUCCGUCUCAAAUGAAAAAGAUUUAAGACUAUGUGUCGUCAUGGUGGGUCUACCUGCAAGAGGUAAAUCCUUCAUUUCUCAAAAAAUAAUAAGAUACUUAUCAUGGUUAUCAAUACCAUCAAAAUGUUUCAAUAUAGGUACUUAUAGGAGAGAUCUCGGAAUAACUGAACCAAAUUUUCAGUUUUUCAGCUUUACUAAUGAAGAAAAUUUUCAGUUAAGGGAACGUGCGAUGAAACUAGCAUUUGACGAUAUAUUGAAAUGGUUUAAUGACGAAAAUGGUGUAGUUGCUGUAUUGGAUGCUACAAAUAGUACUAAUGAAAGAAGGAAAUGGAUAAAGAAACAUUGUGAACAAAAUAAUAUUCAUCCCAUGUUUCUAGAAAGUUAUUGUAAUGAUAACGAUUUGAUUUCAAGUAAUGUAGUUGAUAUUGCCUCAACAUCGCCUGAUUAUGAAAAAGUCACCUUGGAACAGGCAAAAGUAGAUUUUUGGAAGAGGAUAGAUGAAUAUAAAGAAGUUUACCGAAGUUUAAGUUUAGAGAUGGAUCAAGAUAUUAGUUUCGUCAAAUUAAUUAAUGUAUCAGAUGAAAUCAUUAUAAAUAAGAUUCAAACUUACCUGGAAAGUAGAAUUGUCUUUUACGUAAUGAAUAUCCGUAUCAAGCCAAAAUGUAUAUGGUUAUCAAGACAUGGGGAAUCGAUAUAUAAUUUGGAACAGAAAAUUGGUGGUGAUUCUGAUCUUUCAGAAAGAGGAUUUCAAUACGCAAAGAAAUUGAAAGGCAUAGUGAAAGAAAAUGCUGGUAAUGUUGAAUUAUCCGUAUGGACUUCAACAUUGAAAAGAACACGACAGACUGCCCAACAUUUACCGUAUAAAAAAAAAUUGCAAUGGAAGGCCUUAGAUGAACUGGAUGCAGGAGUAUGUGAUGGAAUGACGUAUGAAGAGAUUGAAGAAAUAUAUCCUGAUGACUUCAAGGCUCGUGAUGAUGAUAAAUAUGAAUAUAGGUAUCGCGGUGGUGAGUCUUAUAGAGAUGUUGUUAUCAGGUUAGAGCCUGUAAUAAUGGAAUUAGAAGGACAGGAAAAUGUCUUGAUAAUUACACAUCAAGCUGUUCUUAGGUGCAUAUACGCAUAUUUUAUGAACGUUCCCCAGGAGGAGUCUCCUUGGAUGUCAAUUCCGUUGCAUACUUUGAUCAAAUUGGAACCUAGGGCCUACGGAACAAAAGUCACUCGAAUAAAGGCAAAUAUUCCAGCAGUCAGUACAUAUAAAGAUAAAGGUACAAGUCACGUGGGUGAAAGACUGGAAACUGGUUCAGGCGCACAUAGUUUAUUGACUGGUACUCCAGAAAUAAAAAAAUGA